AAACUUUACGGCGAAGAUGCCUCUCUUGUUGAAGCGACUGCCGAGCUAGUUCAGAGAGCGCUUACCAAAAUACCUGAAGUAAAUCCCAAGUCCCUGGGAGGAGGCAAUAAGGGGGUUAUUUUUGCGACUUUUAUAUUCAGUCACUUCACGUUUCACUUUUACAAAUUACAUUCCUUGUUACUGGAUCUUCUGCUUGUGGUUGUUUUUGUUGUGGUCUGCUACCACCUGAAUUAUUUCGGCUGGAGAAACCAGAAGAAAAAAUGGCCUGCAACUACUACAUCACCACCACCUUUAGCUCAGUCAGACAACAUAUUCAGGAAAUGGUUUGGUUCUGUUGUUUGCGUUCCAUCAACAAAGGAGCCAAGGACGAUGAGAGAUUUACCAGCCACAAGGAUCAGUGAGUAUUCUGUUUCCUCUAUCUUCUCCAAGGAAGAAGCUCCAAUUGCCACCCAACUCUCCAAUUCAAUACCAGAUCCAAGUACCUUUCCAAAGGAAAGUCUGAACCCUUUUGGGGGAAGCCAUUGUGUGAUAAGCUAAUAGAAUUUUAGUGACAAUACGGACAAAAAGCUAUCAAACUAUGUUAUGGAGUCUCAGAAAGGAAAAGCUUAUAAUUUUAAAUAUAAAAACGAUAUAAGAUGUUGA